AUGAAAUUUUUGGGCUUGACGCUGAACAGCCGGUGGGAAUUCGGACCACAUUACAGGUGCCUGGCCCCCCGGGUCCGCAAGGUAGGCACGGCCUUGGCCGGCCUGAUGCGGACCCAGAGGGGCCAUGGAUGGCGGGCACGCCGCCUGUACGUGGGCGUUGUGCUCUCGGUCGCCCUGUACGGGACGCCUAUAUGGGCGCCCCGAUUCCUAGCCACCAGCUGCAACAGGAACCUGCUGCGGCAGGCCACGCGGCUGGUGCUGGUGAGGGCAAUCCGGGAAUACGUGACAGUUUCGUACACGGCGGCGGCCGCCCUGGCCGGUUCCUCCCCAGUGGAGCUCCUCGCCAAAGAGAGGUAUCUCCUCUGGCGCAUAAGGGAGCUCCGCGAAAGAGAGGAGAAGCUAUCGGUCAGGGACCUGAGGGCCCUGAAGACCUAG